UUUAUAAACAUAGCGAGUUUAAGGAAGAAAAUACCUUGAGUGUUAAAAUGUGAUUCGUUCUAAACUGUAUGGAUUUACAGAUAAAUCAUGGAUACAAGUCAUAUAAUAGUUCUGAUUGUAUUCAUUACAAACUUUGAUCGACAGAUGACAUUUGAAACAUGCGAUAAUAUCACACCGAUCCAUUUCUGGAAUAAAACCUGCGCAAACUACGAUGUAUGUUAUCUACGACCUAGCACGACGUCGUUUUGGUUUGAAACACAUUUUUGGGGCGGAUACCUUGAAAUUGCAUGGGAUAACAGCUCAGUAUCACUCUGUUCGAAAAUUUACGAAUAUGACUUUCUAGUGCUUACAGAUAAACCACCCGCCAGAAAAGACCUAAAUGAUACAAUGUUGUCUCUAGAAGCAUGCAUCAGGAAUCAGAAUGAUAUAUGUAAAGAAAAGGUUGACGUUUAUAUGAGGAAUUGCAGUGGUAAUAUUCUUCUUCGAUUUCCAUGGGUAGGAGCUGAGGAAAACAGAGUCUAUGUUUGUACAGACUUUGUUUUUUCGGGAGGUUGUAAUGAUUCCACAUUGAACUUUACCUCUGAACUGGUCAGUGAGAAUGUUAUAGAAAUCUCGCUGAGUGGAACAGGGUGGUACAAUACUUUCGAAGUAGGAAGUCAGUACACGUACAUGUUUCCUUCCAUAGAAAACGCCCAAACGAUUUUCGAUGCCUGUCCAAAUGUUGCAAUUCAUUUCCUUCUUCAAGAUCCAGUACCCGAGACAAUCGAAGAAACGCCUGCAAAACUGAUACUGUGCAGAGUUACUCGUGUGAGCCAAGAAACAGAUUAUGUUUACAAACGAGACUGUAAUUAUUUUAUCUAUAUGCGGAAAUGCAACGGAAAGCUUCAGUUUGAAACGACAUGGGCGACGUGGGCGAUAUUGACGCCAUGGACGCCACAUCCGCCUUGGCCAUACAUGAAACUUUGUCUAGUGUGGCUGAACAGUGUCAAGGUCAUACCAGAAAUAAGGCAUACAACGCAGUACGUUGAUUCAGACGGUAAUACAGCUGUGAUGUAUAACCCUUUCUUGCAGUUCAGAUGUUCAUUCGAAAUGGAGGAGGAUACUUUAUAUAAAAUAAAAUGGUAUAUCAAUGACACCAUGUACGUCGAGACAGAACCUUCGAAUUUAUCUGAAGAUCUUGCUUUAAAAAGUGACGAUAUAAACAAUAUGGAACUUGGCUACAAGAUAAAAUGUGGGGUCGUAAAAAUGACAAUAGAAAAUUUUUCAGAAGUAUCAAGUUUCAACUUCUUUGCUGGCUGGAAGAUUUCAGAUAUGGAUGUAAAAGUCACCAAGGGUGGUUCCGUCACUGUUACUGUAGAACAGACAGUCCCAAUUGGCUGUGCCUAUACCGCCGGUGAACAAACACAUUGCUCAGAAGAAUUAUCAAUAGUAGACCCAUCCUUCAUGCCGGAUAUAUGCAAGGGGAGCAUUCUGGCAGUAAAUGCAGACGACACAAGUAAAACUAACCAUCAAGUUCAGACGUUAAAGCAAGGUUCAGAGUGGCAGGGAAAUACAAAGUAUCGCUUCAAACUUUCAACAUCUGAUGUGUCUUACGAUGAUGCAACAGUAUAUGAUUUACAAGUUCGUCUUACGGACGGAGCAGAUAAUCGCGCUCGUCGGGAUACGGAGUCUAGAACGAAGGUGAUAGAUACCUUGCACGUGGAUGUUACGGACGCAUGGCGACAUUUGAACAAGCUUUGCUAUUCCCAUGUAGACCCACAUAUGCGAACAGCUGAUGGAAGAUACUAUGAACAGCAGAGGGAAGGUGAUUAUAUGUUUCUCCGAAAUAUAGCUGAGCAAAUGGAGAUUCAAGAAUCAGCAAGGUACUGCUUUCCUCCUCGACGUUCAAACCAUAAACCGCCAGUAUGUACAUGCGGCAUAGCUAUACGUUUUGGAGCAGAUGUUUUCAUGGUCAACAGGUGUGGCAGCUUAAACCUUCUUGAUUUUGUACAGUGUGGAGAAGGGGGAAUACUUGAGGUCGACCGCGUUCAUGACUACCGCUACAGGGUAAGGGCUCCGACAGGAACAAUAAUAGAUAUUACCCUCAGAAGAUCGAAAUUCAUGAACAUAGAUGUGUAUAUGUCUCCAAGAGAUUUUGGUAACUUAGAUGGUCUAUGUGGCUAUUUUGACGGCAUUGUUGCAAAUGAUUUUCUACACAGAGAUGGAAAUAUUUCAAAUGGGAAUGCUGAUUAUAGGUUUUCGGACAGUUGGAGGUUGUCUAAUGAAGAAAAUCUGUUCAAGAAGUUGAACCGCGUACUUGAGCCAUGGAAUAACAAAAAUGAUGGCCGAACUUGUAGCAGAAUCAAUUCCAUAACAAAGAUGAAGUGUAAGGUUAGAAGAAGAUUCAAACGUGAGGAUGAUGUAAAAAGAGAUUUCGAACGACUCUAUCCACUUAUGUCAACUCGAGAAUCAAUAAGAUUAAAGAGAAACGCACAAGCCAACAUGGAAGUAGAAGUAGCGUCGUUUUGUAAUGCUUCCAUAUUUGGAUCACCUGCUGUUAUGGAAAUGCAAGACAAGCUUGCCGACGAAGACUUAUCGGAGGUUGUGUCACAAUGUGUAUAUGACGUCACUGAAGGAAAUGACACGGUUUGGGUUGAAGCACAUGUUCAAGCACUUAGUAACAUAGUUACAACAGUGCUGGAAUUGAACCCGUUGUAUGUCGCAAAUAAUACCAAAGUCGUUGAAACAUUUCUGUCUCAGACAUGUUUGAAUAACUGCAGUGGAAAUGGGGCUUGUUCAGAAACAGGAUAUUGUGCCUGCAAUGAACCAUAUCGUGGACCUGACUGUGACAUAGAUCUAAGAAUUCCACCAAUCAUUUAUGAUAUAGAAGGAGGCGGAAUAUGUGAUGUUGCUACUGUCAGUGACUGUGAAUGUUUCGUAAUUAGGACGGAUAACAUAUUUGACGGCUUCAUGUGCAAUAUCACUACCUAUAUGGUCUUCUUCAAUGGUACACGCUCAGAAGUAGGCUAUUCACAACAAACUGGCGAAUAUGAAGACAUCUUCACAGGUAUCUGCUGUGUAUCUGGAGAACAAACAGACCUUCACGAGGAUAGCCGAGACCUCUUCAUUGUUAUGUACGAACUUUCCAUUAGCAACGACGGAGAGAACUAUGGUGAAACGAUUCCUGUUUAUGUCUAUGACACGACGUGUAUUCAACAGGUUUUCAGAAACGAGAAUACAGAUGUAGAAAUAAAGGCUGGACACUGCUUCAUUGAUAAAACUUGUAUUCAACAAGGUUCAACUAAGCAAGGCGUGGACCAAUGUAGUGUUUGUAACCCACCUUUGGAGCCAUUUAGAUGGUACAAAGGUAACUGUGAUGCCGACAGGACUGAAUUGACGUCAGCGACGUUGAUUGGAAUCAUAAUUGGGUCUGUUCUGGGUUUCGGUAUUAUUGUAUUCGGAACAUGCAUGUUGCUCUGCAAAAUGAUAAAGAAAUACAGAGCUGUUCAUGAUGCGCAGUCUCUCAUUCAAACAUGUCCUGAAAACAUAAAUCUACAUGUGCGAGAACCUAACAGUAAGGAUGCCGUCUCAACUAUAAUGGAUGGAGUGUCAGAUACAGUUGACGUUGGAGCCCAUAGCACAGUUAAUCUUAAAGACAGGAAUGUAGUUGACGAGAAUAUUUUCUACACUUGCAACCAACCAAUUUUUGAAGGGGCUAGUGCCAAGAGUGACGGACUUUUCGAUGCUAAGAAAACUGAAUCAUCCCAAGCAGAGUGCGAAAGCGGAAUUUCAUCAAUAUUUUGAAAGUAUAGUGGUUUAUUGUGAAUAGAACAUAUUCGACACUGCUCAAGUGUUUUAUUACCAAAACAAGCACAUGCUUAUCCAUAGUUAUAUAAUUAUGACUUACAUUUGUGCACUUAUGAACAUGUACAUACAGUUUGCAGAAAUAGUUGUAUAAUUCAAUCUAUAUACGGUAACCAGAAAAAAACUGAUAUCUGAAUUAGCAUGUUUGUCGACAUUAGAUCAAGAACUUUAUUCUGUAAUUGCAAUGCUCGAUGUUGUAGUAUUACCGGUGUACCUACUAAAUUUCUAAAACAGACUGUUCCUCCAUCCAGUUAGACAGUGCCAUUUAUAUUUCAAAAGGGUGUCCACUGACAAUUUACUGAUAAAAUAACGAACAAUGCAAACAAUGGUCAGCCUGCUGAACUUGGUCUGCACUUGUCGCAAAAGCAGAGUCACUUGCAGCUUUAAAGUUUGUUUUAAGAAAGUGUGGGGAAUAUAUGUUAUCAAGAAAAUUGGGAAAUGUAGGAUAAAAUCUGAUUUACAGCAGUAUUAUAAAUUUAUUCCGUUUGCAUGCAAUGCUUUUACACACUGUCAUACCUUUAAAUUACGGAGAUGGUGAAAUUCAUUUAAAAUGAAUCAAAACAUGUUUUCUUUUUUUGCCAGAUAAUUUUGUAAAUUGUAAAUACUAGACAAAAUAAAAAUGUAUUGGUGUAUUUGGUCAAAACAUGCGGACGAUAUUAUAAGUACCAUACAGUAUUAUGGCGUUUUAAUUUUGAUUUUAACAUUUAAUUUUAAUUUUGUACAAGUUAACAAACGAUCAGUAGCACAGCACUCUCGUUUAAAAUAAAAGAUAUACAAGCUAAGAUCAAUAUUUGGCUUGAUGGCACAGUUUGUGGAGUGGAUGGACGUGUUAUCAUUUUGUAGUGAUUGUUCUGACGGUUCGAACCUUUCAUUUGUUCAAUACUUAUAUAUUUUGAAUUACAUAUUUUGUGUAAGUUUGUUUUUCCCUGGUUUCUAAUUCAUUGCAUUGUUUCUUGUUUCAGUAUGUAGCUUUAAAUCAAUGCUUUUCAAGUGAAGUUUAAGACAGCUAAAGCAUUUAUAAGCUUCAAAAACAUUAGAUCAUAUUAAAGGCGAAGUGUAUUUAAACAUAAUUACGUGUUACUAGUGACGUAUAUUAGUAAAGAAUUUAGUACUCGUGUUGUCUCGGUUGAAUCGUAUUGUAAACAAUUAAAUACAGUUUUAAAAAUAAUCGAGAAAACCCUGACUGCAUCGUAAACGUUGUGUAUUGGCUUAAAUUUUAUGCUAUUGUUUUGUUUGUUUACAUUUUAAAACACCUUUAAACAAAUACUGCACUAUACCUGUUUAAAAAUUACCAUGACGUUGUUAUAAUUGUAAACAAAAAGUAAUACAAGUGUCGAAUAAUAACUGUUUAAGCAGGGCUCCUGACUCUUACACAUGACACACUUUCUUUUUAUUUGUGUAAAUUUUCAUUAGAAUCCGCUGAAUGGAAAACAUUUAUAGCCUUAACACGAUUAUCUCUCUUCCGGGGCACGGAAGUUAUAUAACCACGAAGAUACCCACGCAAAAUUAAGAAACCAAUUGUUAAAUACUUUAUGCACUGUCAUGUUGUGACCAAUAUUUGUAACCAGAAUGGGAAAUAUAAGUAUUAACUGUA